AUGCCUCCCAAAGACGCCGCCGCCGCCGCCGCUGCUGCGGCCAAGGGCGCUGGCGCAGGUCCCAUCCAGCUCGAGAACACCGCAAAACGUGAUUUCCUCCAAAAGCUCGAAAAGGAGUCGCAGGACUACUGGGCGCAACAGCACGUCUUUGACAUCAACGCCCCUACCCAAGAUGACGGUCUCGUAGAUAUGACCCCAGACGAGGUGCGCGCAAAGUACCCAAAAUGGUUUGCAACCAUCCCUUAUGCCUACAUGAACGGUUCGCUCCACCUCGGUCACGCUUUCACCCUCUCCAAGGUUGAGUUCGCCGCUGGCUACGAGCGUAUGCAGGGCAAGCGUGCCCUCUUCCCAUGGGCUUUCCACUGCACAGGUAUGCCCAUCCGUGCUGCCGCUGACAAGCUCGUCCGCGAGAUCGAGCUCUUUGGCGACGACUUUGCCGGUUACAAGGACCCCGCGGACGAAGCCGAGGCGGAAGCCGCACCCGAGCCACCAGCACCCACCGAGAACACAUCCAGCGUCACCAAGGGCAACAACGUCGCCAAAGCCACCAAGGGCAAGCUUGCAGGCAAGGACACCGGCCUCAAGUAUCAGUUCCAGAUCAUGCUCAACUCUGGCGUGCCCAAGGACGAGAUCAAAAAGUUUGCAGAUGCCAACUACUGGCUCAGCUACUUUCCCCCCAUCGCCAAGGCUGACUGCACCGCCUUCGGUUCGCGCAUCGACUGGCGACGUGCUUUCAUCACCACCGACGUCAACCCGUACUACGACAGCUUCGUCCGAUGGCAGAUGAACAAGCUCCACGCCAUGAACAAGAUCAAGUUCGGCGAGCGCUACACCAUCUACUCGCCCAAGGACGGUCAGCCCUGCAUGGAUCACGACCGAUCCGACGGCGAAGGUGUUGGUCCUCAGGAGUACACCGGUCUCAAGAUGGAGCUCGUUCAGUGGGGCGCCCUCGCAGCCCCUGAGCUCGAUGCCAAGCUUCAGGGAAAGAAGGUCUACUUUGUCGCAGCUACCCUCCGACCCGAGACCAUGUACGGCCAGACCAAUUGCUACGUCGGACCCACGAUCGACUACGGCGCUUUCCAGAUCAACGACACCGACGUCUACAUCUGCACCGAGCGUGCGGCGCGCAACAUGGCCUUCCAGGGCACCACCAAGGAGCGUGGCCAGGUCCACUCGCUCGCCACCAUCAAGGGUUCGCAGCUCAUCGGAACCAAGAUCAAGGCUCCCUUCGGUCUCUACCCCGAAGUCUACGUCCUGCCCAUGGAGACCGUGCUCGCCACCAAGGGUACCGGUGUCGUCACCUCGGUGCCCUCCGACUCGCCCGAUGACUAUGCCACGCUCAUGGACCUGCGCAAGAAGGCAGAGUACUACAAGAUCGACCCACAAUGGGCUGCCUUUGACCCUAUCCCCGUCAUCCGCACUCCCGCCUACGGCGACAUGACCGCCGAGACGCUCGUCAAGCAGCUCAAGAUUCAGAGUGCCAAGGACAAGAACCAGCUCGCCGAGGCCAAGGAGCUCGCCUACAAGGAGGGCUUCUACAACGGCACCAUGCUCGUCGGCACCUACAAGGGCGAAGCCGUCCAGGAAGCCAAGAACAAGGUGCGCGACGAGAUGAUCAAGGCUCAGCUCGCCUUUGCCUACGCCGAGCCCGAAGGAAAGGUCAUCAGCCGAAGUGCCGACGAGUGCGUCGUGGCGCUGUGCGACCAGUGGUACAUGGACUACGGUGAGGAGUCGUGGAAGGCCCAGGCGAGCAAGCUCGUCGCGCAGAUGAACACGUUCGGCCCGGAAGUCAAGAACGCCUUCGAGGGCACCAUCGACUGGCUCAAGCAGUGGGCGUGUGCUCGUUCUUACGGUCUCGGCUCCAAGCUGCCCUGGGACCCACAGUACCUUGUCGAGUCGCUCAGCGACUCCACCAUCUACAUGUCGUAUUACACUAUUGCGCACCACCUCCAGGGCGGUGUUGCGGACGGCAGCAAGGUCGGACCCAUCGGCAUCAAGGCGGACGAGCUGACCGACGAGAUCUGGGACUACAUCCUCGGCGACGCUUCCUACCCGUCGGACACCACCAUCCCCGAGGAGAAGGCCGAGGUGCUGCGCCGCGAGUUCCGCUACUUCUACCCCAUGGACCUGCGUUCCUCCGGCAAGGACCUGAUCCCCAACCACCUCACCUUCUGUGUCUACGUCCACUCGGCCAUCUUCCCCGAGCACCACUGGCCGCGCGCCAUCCGAGCCAACGGCCAUCUCAUGCUCAACGGCAAAAAGAUGUCCAAGUCGACGGGCAACUCGCUCUCGCUUCGCCAGUCGGUCGAGAAGUUCGGCGCCGAUGCCACCCGUCUGUCCCUCGCCGACGCCGGUGAUGGCAUCGAAGACGCCAAUUUCGAAGAGAAGACGGCCAACGCCAACAUCCUUCGUCUGCACACGCUCAUCGACUGGUGCGCCGAAAUCGUCGCGAAUCAGUCCAAGCUCCGUUCGGGACCCAAGGACAGCUUCUGGGACAAAUCGUUCGAGAACCAGAUCAACAACCUCAUCCACCUUACCAACGAUGCGUACGCCAAGGCGCUGUACAAGGACGCGACCAAGUAUGGGUUCUACGAGCUGCAGACGGCGCGCGAUCUGUACCGCGAGGCGACGUCGGACAUUGGGAUGCACGUCGAGUUGAUCCUGCGAUGGAUCCGGGUGCAGGCGCUGUUGGUGACGCCGAUUGCGCCGCAUUUCGCCGAGCAUGUUUGGCGCAACUUCCUGGGUGAGUCGACGUCGAUUCAGACGGCGAGGUGGCCAGAGCCUUCGGCUGGGGUGGACAACUCGACCACCGAAGCGCUUUCGUACGUGUCCGGCACGGUCAAGACGGUUCGCGAUGCCGAGAUUCUGCUGACCAAAAAGUCCAAGGGCAAGAACGCCGCUGCUGGGCCGGUCAAGUACAACGAGCGCGCGCCCAAGCAGUGUCGCAUGUUUGUCGCCAAGAACUUCCCCGAGUGGCAGGACAAGUGCGUUUCGGUCGUCCAGCAACACUAUGACCCGGCAAAUGGGAGCUUUGACGACAAGGCGAUCCGCGAACAGCUCGCCAAGGAUGGCAUGCUCAAGGACAAGAAGGUGAUGAACUUUAUCGUGACGUUCAAGAAGCGCAUUGCCGAUUUUGGCGCCGAGAGCGCGUUCAACCGGCUGCUGCCGUUUGACGAGAUUGCGACGCUGAGGGCCGCCACGGGUUAUCUCAAGAAGAGCAUGGGCUUCAAGGAGAUCUUGGUGUAUAGCAUCGAGGAUGAUAAGGAGAAGUUCGGGGACGUCGACGAGAAGGUGCUCGAGACGGCCGAGCCAGGACACCCGAGUUUCACGUUUGAGAACAUCGAGGCUUGA